GGGGGGCUGACUGAGCUUACUGGGUGUAUUACCAUUCGAUUACAUAUCUCGCGCGCGGGAGGAGAACGAACUUCAAACGACGUCAAGGGACUCAAUUCUCCAGGGCAACAACUUAUUGAUUGUGAAAAGGUUAUACUUUGGUUGCACCGUCCCGCCCGUUCGGUACAAAAGUACUCUGUUUUACCUGUACGGUGCUUGCAUGCAAGGGGGGCUGCCGCAUUCGAACCCGACUUGGCCGUUUCCAGUAAAACCGCGCGCUCGGAAGCACAAUGGCUGGCGUACCAACCGGCCGAGGCUGCGACGCAUGCCGCAAGCAGAAGAAAAAGUGUGAUCUCGCCAAACCAGCCUGCUCGAGGUGCACACGGCUCCGCAUUCCCUGCAUCGGCUGCGGGGAGAAGCGGUACAAGUUCAAGCAUGCUCAUGCAGCCGUCCCGGAGCCGGCGCGUGAAAAGCCGGCUUCGGGCUCAGAAGGUCCCAACCGACCAGCCGUUGCGGCCAAUGCGGAGCCUAGGAGUAUAGCCCUUCGACGAGCCCCAAGCAACGGUCUCACACGGGGAACGGCGGCGUACAUAGCCGUGCUGGAGGUAUCAGACCUGCGAUACGACCUUGCCGGGUGUGGCGCCUUUCUCAAGGAUCUUCCUCGGCGACUUGGCCGCAACAAAGCCCUGGACGCCUCCAUCGGCGCGCUCACCGCGCUAUUCCCCAAGUUGUACACGGUAGAGACGUCGAGGGGGAUGUUGGCGGCGUAUGUCUAUGCGUUGGAAUGCCUCAGGUAUACCUUGGCCGACCGUGCCACCGCGCAGACUCCAGAGACGCUCUGUGCUAUCUACAUCGUCACCUUGUGCCAGGCAAGUACAAGCUGGAUAGGGGGAACCGACGAUAGCCCGGUGGCCCAUUCCGAGGCCGUGAUGCACAUCCUGAACUGCAUAGCGUUGAAUGGUUGGCGCGGCCGCUUCGAGAACCAACUGUUCCUCACGCUUGCUGUUUCUGUGCUUCCGGAGAGCAUCUACAACCCGAAAAUCAAGCCCGGACCAUGGUUCCGGCGAGUCAUCGAAACCUUCGCCCCGCUUGGGACCACAUCUUCGAGGAACGGCGGACCCGGACCGGUGACGAGCGUGUCGACCCUAGUGAGGCUCGUCGAGUUUGUUCGGGACCCACGGGGCGAUAUCGCGGAUAUUGUGAUCGGGUACGACACGAUGCUGCGCGAGACGGCACAGGCACGCGACAACCUGCGAAACAUGGUCGGAACACCGUCAGGAAGCGACUCCUCGAGCGAUGGCCUGUCCCUCCCAUCCAGCCCUGGAGGCCCGGACAUGGAGAAGAUCCGGCUACUCUGCCAGGCCCAGUACGCGGUCCUGCUGGCGGCUACGAUGCUAGUAAACAGCCUCCUCUGCGCGAUGCUGCCGGACAACGCCGAGCUUGCUGGGCAGGUGGCCGAGUACCCGGAUGAGCUGGUGGCGUUAAACGAGCAGACGGCCAAGUAUAGGCCGGUUGGCGCCGGCUUCAUGCCUACCUGUCUGCUCAUGGCUUCUGCCGCAACCACCACUCCGGCACACUUGGACAAGUUGCAUGGGGCUUUGGCCGAGUUUGGGCCGUACCCGGAGGACUCGAAGUGGCACUACUGGGCGGCCGAGAUGAGGGGCUUGUUCCAGGAUCUGCGGUACAAGAUGUCGUUGAUAUACCACGAGACAGAACUAGGAGACCUUCCGCUCUAUGAAGGUCUAGCUACAAAAUAG